AUGUCGAUCAUCGUAGCUUCGUCGAAAAGUAAGUACUUUUAUUUUACAAACUACGAAGUCGUAUUUUGAACAUACUAUAGAUGACUUUCUUUAUUUAUAGAUAGGACUAUUCCAUAUACAGUACCAAACAGCGAGUAUCUCCUGAUAAUUACAGAUGACUAUUCAAGAUAUCCGGUCGUCGAAACGGUCAAGUCUACUUCUGCCAACACGGUGAUUCCGAGGGUAGACAAAGUGUUCUCUGAAUUUGGAAUACCUGACGUAGUAAAGACAGACAACGGACCCCCUUUUAACAGCCGUGAAUUUCAGUCGUUUGCGCAGACUCUCGGUUUCAAGCAUCGAAAGAUCACUCCUCGAUGGCCAAGAGCAAUUGGCGAGGUCGAGCGAUUCGCCAGAACGAUAAAGAAGGUGGUCAAGACGGCGACAGUACAGCACAAGAACUGGAAAGAAGAGAUGCAUCGUUUCCUCAGAAACGUCAGAGCAACUCCUCACACAACGACUAAAGUUCCCCCAGCAACCGCAUUGUUUGGUCGGGCACUAAAAACAAAGUUACCUGAAUUGAAAAAGACUUUGCAAGACUCAGCAGUUGAGGGAAAUGAUCGCAAGGCGAAGUCGAGGAUGAAGAAAUAUGCUGAUUCCAAAACCUAUGUUCAACCCUCAACAAUCCAGGAAGGCGAUACAGUGCUCGUCAAGCGUAACGAUCCGAAGAGAAAGAGAGAUACACCCGGCCCUACCGACUUGAUUCAUAUGUCGUUGUACAGAAGAAAGGAUCCAUGGUGGUAG